GCAGUUUAUGGGCAUCCUUUGUUAAACAUGGGACCGAGAAAUACAGAGUGUCCAUCAAAGCUGAAGGCUCCAGCAGAGGGCUCUGUGUCUCGUUGCCGCAGCUGUAGUGACGGGGCCCGGUACAGACCCGGGGCCAAACCUGGACUCGGACUCCACAAUCCCAAAUCAGUUCUGAAGAAGCCAGUGAGCACAGAGGAGCUGCAGAUGCCUGGAGGCCCCUACUAUAAGAAGACGUACACGAUUGUGGGAGACGCUGUAGGCUGGGGCUUUGUGGUCCGAGGCUCCAGACCCUGUUACAUUCAGGCCGUGGAACCAAGUGGACCUGCAGCUGCAGCUGGGAUCAGGGUGUGCCAGUUCGUGGUCUCUGUAAACGGUCUAAACGUUCUAGACUCAGAUUAUCGCUUCGUGAGUCACCUGAUCCUCACCGGACCCAGAACUGUAGUGCUGGAGGUCAUGGAGCAGAACCAGGACUAG